UCACGAUGGGCGUCGAGGACGUGCGCGCGCACGGAAUGAAGACCGUGUGCGAUCUGUGUGCGAAAACUUUCACAGACCAAAAUUGUAAAGUCACACAUCACGACCACUUGUCGGGCCGAUUUCUCAAGACUCUGUGCAACACAUGCAACCUCAAAUUAAAAACGCCAAAGUUCGUGCCGUGCUUUUUACACAAUCUCUCAAAUUACGACGCUCAUUUUUUCGUCACGCAUCUGGGACUUCACGCCAACACGAUAUCGCGUUACCCAAUAGCGAGGAACGAUAUAUAUCGUUUUCGAAAUACAUAAACAACGAGUUCGCCGUCAGGUUUAUAGACACGUGUAGGUUCAUGGCUUCGAGUCUGGCCGACUUGGCGAAGAACCUCACGAGUGCGGACUUUGCCAAGUUUCGCGAAGUCGCGAAAGUGUUCUCGCCCGCGGAGAUGCCGCUGGCGACGCGUAAAGGCGUGUAUCCAUACGAGUACACGGACAGCUGGAGUAAAUUGACUGAGACGAGGUUACCGGCUAGUAGGAUGAAAAAGACAGUUCCAAAACCUGAACCUGCAGGCGUUUCCCUAUACCGCCUUGCUGAACCCUGACACCCGGUUCCAGACCCUCUGCUGAACCCUCCGCACCCUCCGCACCCCCACAACCUCCGCAGCUUAUCGUUCACGUGCGCGAGAUACCCCCCGCCCUCGCCGCUACCCCUUCCCAUAUGGCCGCCGCCCGGGGAAAAUAAUUUAAAAAUUUUUUUUCCCGGACUGGGAUUCGAACCCAGACCCGUUGGUUGAUGAGCGAUCACCGUACCACUGCGCCACCCUGUUACAUAUAUUUAUCAUUAAUAACUGGCCUUAUUUAACUUGUAAUAAAAUAUGUCGCCAACGUGUAUGACUUAUAUCUGCGUUAUCAUAUAUGCGUUAUCAUAUCUGCGUUAUCAUAUCUGCGUUAUCAUAUCUGCGUUAUCAUAUCUACGUUAUCACAUAUACCCUUAUUUUGUAAUAAUAAUAUACCACGAACGAGUAUAUAUCAGUUAUCAUAUCUACGUUAUCACAUAUACCCUUAUUUUGUAAUAAUAAUAUACCGCCAAUGAAUGUAUAUCAUAUCUACGUUAUCGCAUUAUUUUAAUAUAUAUGUAAUAUUGUUCUUCCCCAUUAAAUACAAGACAGCCCGUUUUAUUUUCCCUUUAAAAAAAAAAAAAUAUAUAUAAAAUAUUCUGAUGUACCUACAUUUGUAUCAUACAUACACAUACAUACACACAACACACAUACAUACCUAUACAUACACACACAUACAUACAUACACACACACACAUAUAUUCAUUUACAUACGUACAUAUUCGUUUACAUAUUUAAAAAUAUUAUACAAUUUUCAGAUUAUAAUCCCAUUCGAAUAAACAUCCCGCUAAAGCAUGCGUUAUACAUCGGAAUAUAUCUCAAACAAACCCACAUUCAAAUAUAUUAUAAUAUAGUUUACUUUUAAAUAUUUUAGUUUAUAUAUUACUUAUAGAAAAAAAAAAAAAGGUCUGAAAAAAUCUUUUGUUAUCCGUAGGGGAUACGGAUUCAUGGAAUCUAUACAACAGAUGUCCGAACAUCGUAUACGGUAUAGAUCCCUAUGAUUGGGGGUGAGUGGUGGUGAGGAAUGUUAGGUCCAGAUGAUAGGACGAGCGGUGCCGGGGGAUGUCAUCUCCUGGUGUGUCUGUAAGGUAUGGUCUGUAAGGGAAGGUCGGUUAGUACGAUUCACACUGUUGUAUUACAACGUACGUAAUUUACUCCAUUUUAAUUUGCCGUAUUAAUUUUUCUCGUGCGUUUAUUUAAAAAUGUUUAAAUGCGAGCAAUGCCCUUUGGUAUUCAUGUACGAAACUAAUUUGAUGGUUCACCGAAAAACGCAUAUAAAUUUUUUUAAAUGCGAUCAAUGUACUUCGGAAUUCACGACGAAACGUAAUUUAACUGCUCACCGAAAAACGCAUGAAGGUGUCCGUUUCCCAUGUACUAGAUGUUCCAUUACAUUCAGUUACAAGACCAGCUUCAAAAAACAUUUGAAAAAUGUUCAUGGUGUUAUACAAGCCCCGAUUCGGCAAAGAAAUAUUCGAAUCAUGCCGCAAACAACCACCCCCGAUAAUGUUCAUGGUAUCAUGCAGCAAGGAAAUAUACAGAUCGAACCACAUAUAGUCGUUCCUGAUAUUCCAGCAGGUUCGUCAUGUGUACGAGAUACCGAGGUAAACGGUCCACCAGUGAUACCAACCCUAAAUGAUGCCGCGACAGACUGUCCGGUGGAACCAUCCGUCCGAAAUGAUAAACUAUCAGCAGUACGAGAUAGCGUAUCACCAGUACGAGAUAACAUAAUGUCAACAGUACGAGAUAACGUGAUGGAUGAAUUUUACAACAACGUGGAUGACGAUGGCGAUUACGCUCAAGUUGCAGAUAUCAUCGAAAACCUUGGAUUCUGUAAAAAGGAAGAUUCGUACACUACGCUUGAUAAUGGAAAACGCGGUUCCAGUGCAAACACUAAAUCUGCUGUCAGGGCAAAAAAAUUACGCUUGAAUCUUGUAAAGUCCCCCGGGUUUACACAAAUCUCGACGUCAUCAAACAACACAAUCACUUGGUAUUACGUAAAAAAUACCGGCAAUAUUCAAAACUACAUCUACUUCCUUGAUUCUAUUAAAUCCGAACUAAUCAAUUUACUAAAAUCAAUUGCGAGUAAAAAUCCGAUCAAGUUUAAUUUAAAGCUUGAGGCGACAUAUAAUAUACCAAAUGUCGAAUAUUCAUCGGAAAACCGUGCUUUUAAAACAUCGGCUAAGGCGGUUUUCUGUGAUACCGGAGUACAGGAAAUUGUUGAAGAGGCAUUCGCUAAAUUAAUGAAAGAGCAAGACGAGUAUACAAGCAAGGGUAGUGGUUUCACAUUACAAUGUAUAGACGGUCUAAUGUUAGGUGUAUAUAAAUAUACACCUAUAGGUGGCUCAUCCUACAUACAACUACCAGAUGCGAUAGAAAAUAAAAAAGCUACGAUUAACCCUCAAAACAUAGACAUGCAAUGCUUCAAAUGGGCAAUCCUAGCAAAACAUGUUACAGGAGAAAAUAAAUGUCGUAUUGGUGAUAAUUAUAUAAAACACGAAAAAAAAUAUAAUUUUACAAAUAUAUCGUUCCCGACACCACUACACCAGGUUAAAAUUUUUGAAAAAAAUAACCCAAACGUGUCCGUAAAUGUUUACGGUAUCGAUAAGAAAUUUCAACCACCAAAAUUUCCGGAAUAUAAAGUAUUCCCUCUGAAAGUAGUACAUGAAGAAAAACCCAACCAUUUUGAUCUACUUAUAAUAUCAGACGGGGAUAACAGUCACUAUAGCUACAUUUCUAAUUUUUCACGGCUCAUCAGAUCACAAAAAACCAAACACGAUGGACAAACAAUAUUUUGCAAACGGUGCUUCACAACAUUCGACAAACAACAGUACAAAUAUAAAUUAAACGGCGUGGCAGGACUAGAACAACAUAAAUUAAUACGUGGGGAGCACAAACCCAUACUACCUCAGAUACCUGAACCUGGGUCAAUACUCGAGUUUACUGCAUGGGAUAAAACACAACGUCAUCCUAUAGUAAUUUAUGCAGAUUUCGAAGCAAUUCUCAAGAAAACUGAUGAGAAAAUUGGAGAAAAAACAACAGCUUUUCAAGAACACGAACCCAUGAGCUAUGGGUAUAUGGUUAAAGCAAAUGACGAAAUACCGGUAGAACUGCUUGAAAAAUUCGGAAUUCCAACAUCACCCGUAAUGUACCGUGGAAAUGAAAAUAAUAAGGACGUGGUGAAACAUUUUGUAGAUAGUAUUGUGGACAUAGCUAAAAAAAUUGAAGAAUUACUCAAAACAAACAUUCCUAUAAUUUUUACGGGUGAACAACGAAAAACACACGAAUUAUGUAAUAAUUGUAAUUUAUGUAAGACCAAGUUUUCUCGUGAAAAUCAUAAAGUGGCAGAUUACUGCCAUUUAUCGGGAAAAUUUAGACAAUCAUUAUGCAAUACGUGUAAUCUUAAACUUCAAACACCAAACUUUGUACCGGUAUUUUUUCAUAAUUAAUCGAAUUAUGAUUCACAUUUCAUUGUCACUCGUCUUGGAUAUGAUACAAACUCAAUCUCUGUAAUACCAAACAGCGAAGAAAAGUUUAUUACGUUUUCAAAACAUAUAAGCAAUUCGUUCACAUUAAGAUUUAUCGAUACACUGAGAUUUAUGGCUUCCAGCUUAUCAACACUUUCAAAAAAUUUAAACACACCUGGAUUUUAAAAGUUUAGAAACAGCGCAAAACAUUUUUCCGCACAGGAUUUACCACUAGUUACCCGUAAGGGUGUAUACCCGUAUGACUAUACAGAUGAUUGGGAUAAGCUCGAAGAAACCAGUUUACCGGCAGAAAAAGAUUUUUACAGUUCAUUGGAAGAAUCACAUAUAAAACAUGAGGAUUUUGAACAUGCAAAUACAGUUUGGAACCAUUUCAGCUGUCAAACACUCGGGGAAUACUCUGAUAUUUAUUUAAAAAUCGAUGUGCUACUGUUGGCUGAUGUGUUUGAAAAUUUCCGAGACCUCUGUUUAACCACCUACCAUUUGGAUCCAUCAUUUUACUACACGGCGCCAGGAUUUAGUUUUGACUGUAUGUUGAAAUACACGGGUCAACAACUCGAAUUACUUCAUGAUUAUGACAUGUUGUUAAUGAUUGAAAAAGGAAUUCGUGGUGGGUUGACUCAGGCGAGCAUGAGAUAUGCAAAGGCGAAUAAUGAAAAGACACCAGAUUAUGAUCCAACAAAACCGAAAUCAUGGCUUGUUUAUCAGGAUUGUUCACAAAGUUAUACAGUUUAAUCAGUCAGAGUGGCUUAAGAAAUAUAUAGAAUUAAACACUGAGAUGCGAAAAAAAGCUAAAAACGACUUCGAAAAGGACUUUUUCAAACUUUUAAACAACGCUGUUUUCGGGAAGACGAUGGAGAAUUUAAGACAUCGAAUUAAAAUGGAGCUUGUUUGUAGUGAAAAACGUCUGAAAAACUUAUAAACCUUACAACAUUCAAACACUGCCUUACAUACAAUGAAACUCUGAAUGCUAUAUCAUUAGAAAAUGAAAUUAUCAAGUUUUGCUAGCCAAUAUAU